UCCCAACAAAGAUGGCUGCACCCAUAGAAUUGUUGGGUGUCAUCGAAAAAAAGGCACUAGAAACCUUCAAUAAGAGAAAUAUCAAUGUGAAAAAGAUUGCCGUCGUACGCAAGUCGGAUCGUUUCUCAAGCGGAGAUAUUGUCAUUCCUGCAGGAUGUCACGAAAAACAAGAUGAUACGGUUCUAUGCAAAUUAAGAGAGACAUUAUUUGAAGAUUUGAAAAGAUCAGGAGUACCUGUAACAAAAAUAUCUGGAGAUGAUUUCAACAGUGUAGCUAUAUAUUUAGACAGAAAUUCAAUCUUCAAAGAGACAGUAGGAUUGGUAACAGCUGAAAAAGAAAGAUAUGGCUUGGGGAAAGAAAAAAAAGAUGAGACAGUAAUUCUUUGCAAUGAAAGUUUGUUGAAAUGUGGGAAGUCAGAUAAUGCUGAUGAUAUUUCUUUGGAAGAUUUAAGAUCAUUUUUGAUGCAGGAGCACAUUACUCAUCUGUUACAAAGUCAAAGUUACAAUGUUUUGCAAUUAGUGGAAAAGAAAAGAUUUGAAACUUUAAAAAGUUUAUUUUCACAGUUUGGAACAGGCUUGAGUUAUUUUGUUGAAGCUGCUGCAGACACUGAUACUGAUAAACCUGAGAUUUCUGAAUUUCUCAAGUGUCCUUAUAUUACAAGAUCAGAUGACAAUGGGAAAAGCAAUGGGGGAAAAUAUAAAACUGAGGGUACUUGUGAAAGGCCUGAAAGUGAAAAGGAUAUUGGAUUGGUAUAUGAGUUUGAUAUGAAGAAAUACUUGCAAGAAAAAGGUCUUACUGUUGGAAAGACUGGGUUUGAUAAGAAUCUCUCCAUGUGUGAAGUUUUCAGUUGUGAUGCACCUACAGAACUGUUAAAUACAUCAGUGCUGAUUAAUAAUAUAAUAAAGGAUAAAAAUGCUAAAAAAUGUCUUCAUAUAACUGGGCAGAGCUGUGCAUUUUCAAGACAAAAAGUUCACCUUAUUUUGCAAGAAAUAGUGGAAAAAAAUAGCAGGUGUAUUUCUCAGAAACAUUUUGUGUAUGGUCCUGUCACAAGAAGACAGGAAUGUUCUGACAGCAAUGUAGUCAGUGCUGAUGACCUGUUCAGGUUGAGAUAUGCACAGCUUAGACAGGCCGCUAUUAUGAAGUAUGGAGAGGCUGUACAUGGUGAAGGUUGGGCAGCCACACUCGAAGCCCUCACAGCAGCAUGUAUCAAGUUUGAAAUGUUGUCCUGUGUACCCAGAAAUACUUUAAAGUUAGAUUUAUCUGAAGAAGAUAUGGAAGGGAGUGGUCUAGCUACGUCAGUGGGAUCAUUUGUGAUGUAUAAUUGUGCAAGGUUAGCUACCCUUUUCAAACAUUUCGAGGAAGAAGUUGAAUGUGACACCUAUCCGCCUCUCCCACCAGUCAGUGAUGUUGACUUUAGCAUGUUAAGGGAAGAGGCGGAGUGGAGUUUAUUGUUCAACUAUGUGUAUACAUUCCCUGAGCUGGUGGAACAGACAGUAGACAACGUGGAUAACUGUGAUACAAUCUGUGCCAAGAUACAUACGCAGAAGGUGUGUCAAAUGCUGAGCAGUUUAAGCCGAAGCUUGAGUUCUUACUACAGUAGAUACCAUGUGUUAGGGGAGCCUAGGGCACAGCUUCUUCCCACAAUGUAUGCAAGACUUUAUCUUCUCAAAGCUGUUCAUCAAGUGAUGAUAAAUGGACUUGCCUCGUUGGGCAUACAACCCCUCUCCCAGUUGUGAUCAAAGACUAGCUCGUGAUUUACAUUGUGUCAGGUCGAUGUCUGACUGACUCAAAAUAACUUUUCUUACAUUUAAAAUGAGGAAAAUUAAACUGGCUAUAUAUAAUUCCUUUUCCAUGAGUGAAUCUUUUUCUUAUUGGAACCUUGGGUUCUUGAUGGUCACUUUAGAAAUGUAGAGGCAAGAAGCAAUGUCCAACUUUGUUAAUGAGUUAUUGCCUCUGUGUUGUUUUUGUUAAUUUCUGGCUGCUUAUGGUUUCCAUGUUGGCUUAUAUAUAAGGAAGGGUAGUAUUCAGGUAAGAAUGAAAUGAGCCGCGCCUUGAGAAAACCAACAUAGUGCGUUUGCGACCAGCAUGGAUCCAGACCAGGUUGCGCAUCCACGCAGUCUGGUCAGGAUCCAUGCUGUUCGCUUUUAAAGCCCAUCGCAAUUAAAGAAACCGUUAGUGAACAGCAUGGGUCCUGACCAGACUGCAUGAAUGUGCAGGCUGGUCUGGAUCCAUGCUGGUCGCAAAUACACAAUGUUGGUUUUCUCAUGGCACGGCUCAAAAAAACUCUGAUGAUGAAGGUUCAUGCUUUAACAACAGUUACGAUCCUAGUCUGGGUGCAAAGGUUGAUAUAUGACCUUACAAAGUACAAAUUAUUUAGUAAAUUCGGCAUAUAUGUGCAUUGUACUUAGUGACUGGCUAUAAUGUUUAAAAGAGCAUCCUAAUGACUUAAUGAGACUGGUAUAAUAUUAAAGAUAUUACGUCUUGAACUCUU